CAUGAAUCCGGCAGCGAGAAGGGGCAGCUUAUUCGCCUCCCCUCGGAACCAGAGCACCUUUGACGCCAAUCACGUCAGGACUCGAUCGCUAGGCUACGGCGCAGGUGUCGUUUUCGAGCGUGAGGCUCGCGAACCCACAGAUGACGACGUGAUAAUCGUAACUGUUCGAUUGCGGAACACGUUCAGAAAACAGUCUGUCGAUGGCGCAGAUGAUCUCCCCAGUCGACCACAACCACGAUCAUUUCUGCGUCGACUCUCUACUCGAAUAGGCUCGAGUUUCGAUCACAGCGCCGAGAAAGAAGAACGCUACAAGGCGGUCAAGAUGCCUCGUCGCGACUACAAACGGUACUUUCAACGGGACAAGGAUGGCGGAUAUGCUGGGACGGAACCGGAGAGGGAUUGGGACGAGGACGAAUUGAUGAAGGAGUUUGAAGCUUAUCAGGAUUUGCCGCUGCGGACGAUUGUGUGCUAAUUGGAACUUUUUGGUUGAUGAGAGAAAGUCCGGUAUAGUGCUAAUCAUCCGACCCACUCACACAAUGGAUUUGGAAUGUCUCGAGACAUGGAGGCUACGCAAGCUAUGUACAUAUACCACCGAGGAGAGGAGAGGUACAAGACGCCGAAUGAGUGUUUAUCUCGCGGGGAGAGAGAGAGAGAGAGAGAGAGAGAGAGA